AUGCACAACUCGUCCCUCGCAGCCGCAGCCGGCCUCAUCGCCAGCGCCAUGGCCUGCUCGCGCGUAGCCUACAAGGCCGGCGGCGCGAGCAACCGCAUCACCAUCGGCCGGUCCCUGGACUUUGUCGUCGACACAAACACCACCAUCUGGGCCUUCCCCGCGGGCCUGCGGCGCUUCGGCGGCGUCUCGGGCAACCCCUUCACGUGGAGGUCUCGCUACGGCUCCGUCACGGCCGUGGCGCUCGACGAGGUGUACACCGAGGGUGUCAACUCCGAGGGCCUCACGGGGAGCGCCAUGUACCUCGACCAGAUCGACUACGGUGCGCGCAUCGGGAGGGUACCGGGAAUGUUUGUCGGCGUGUGGAUGCAGUACUUCCUCGACAUGUAUGCCACUGUCGCCGAAGCCGCCAAGGACUCCUGCCCCAGCGAGGGUGGCGAGCAGAAGUUUCAAGUAGUAGAAACCUCUCUGAGGCGAGAAUUCUCCGCCGGUGUGCACCUCUCAAUCUCGGAUACAAAGGGAGACAAUCUCAUCCUGGAGUUCGUCGAGGGGAAGCUCAAGUGCCACCACUCACCCAACUACACUGUGGUAACCAACGAGCCGUCUUUCGCCCAGCAGCUUGCCAUUGACGCGUACUGGAAACCUCUCUCCAACUACACUCUCCCAGGCACUUCCACACCCGCAGACCGCUUUGCCCGUCUAUCGCACUACAACCGCAUCAUCCCCCCAGCCGUCGACCUCGAAAUCGCCAUAUCCAACACCGCGGGAAUGAUCCGUGCCGUCAGCACACCCAUAAAAGACCAAGACCUAGAAGAAGAUGAUAAUGAAGAUGAAGAUGAAGAUGAAGAUGCCAGCGCCCCAGAGGUGUGGCCGACGCUGUGGCGCAUGUUCACCGACACGCUAGACAAGAUUGUCUUUUACGAGAGCGCAACGAGUCCCAUGAAUUUCUGGUACGAUGUCGACGCGCUAAAUUUGACCAAGGGCGCCAGCGUAACAAGGCUGUCCCUGGCUGAUGUGUCGUGGCGGAAGAGAGUUGGAGAUGUGACUGACAAGUUCGAGCCGGUUCCAGAUAAUGAAUGUAUAUGGACGGUUUGUUGA